AAUUUUCAGAAUAAAAUGACCAAGUCUUCUUGGCAUGUUGAUAUAAGAGCACUGAUCACCCUUCCCCAAGCAAAAACAGCCAAAAUCACAACUAUGCAUUUAAAAAUACUAAUUGCAAUUGCAACUAUUGCAGUUUUGGGGUCAGCAAAUGCUCAAGACUACCCGAAUUGUAGAAGUUCAUGUGGCAAUGUGAACAUUACUUUCCCGUUUGGUUCAGGUAAGGGAUGCUACCACAGUUCCGAUUUCCUGGUGACAUGUAACAAAUCAUCCGGGGAACCAAUACCAUACUUUAGAGAAAGCAAUAUUGUUAUUUCAAAUAUGUCGACAAGCAAGAGUGAGAUGCAGAUUAGUCCCAUUGUAUCUCAUGACUGCUACAAUGAAUCUGGCCGUGUCGAAAGUGAUCAGCGAAUUUUGACCUUGAGGGAUUUCCGUAUCUCCUCCAAAAACAAAUUUGUAGCCAUCGGGUGUGAUACGAAUGCACGUUUUAGAGGAAGAAGAGGGAAUGAUUCUGAUAUAUUUACCGGAUGCAUUUCUUCAUGUGGUAGAAAUAGCACUAUUACAAACGGAUCGUGCUCGGGAGUUGGGUGUUGUGAAGUAGCAGUGCCAGAAGGAAUGAAUGUUUAUGAUAUAUCUCUUGGUAGCUUUAACAACCAUGAGAAUAUAACGGACUUCAACCCUUGUAGCUAUGCCUUUUUUGUUGAAGAAGGGAAGUUUAACUUUUCUAUGACCGAUAUAGCUCAUUUUGAAAGUGAAAGGAUGCCGAUGCUACUUGAUUGGGCAAUUGGAAACCUGACUUGUAACCAAGCAAAGGGGAUGGGUAACUUCUUAUGCAGGGGAAACAGCACAUGUGAUCAAGAUUAUGGAGGUCCUGGAUAUCGUUGCCGUUGCCGUGAAGGUUAUGAAGGAAACCCUUAUGUUGUAGACGCAGCCGGUUGCAAGGAUAUUGAUGAGUGUGAUCUUAGAAAUCAUGAUUGCGAACAUGAUGCUCAUUGCGUUAAUAUACCAGGAAAUUACACGUGUACUUGUCGAGAAGGUUACUCUGGCGAUGGUAGGAAGGCUGGAACAGGUUGCACUGCUGAUGAAUCCACCGUUAUAAAGAUAGGUCUAGGUAUCUCAGUUUCUGCUAUAAUUCUCCUUAUUUUUGUCACCUGGUUGUACUUGAUACUCCAGAAGCGAAAGCUGAUGAUGCUGAGAGAGAAAUUUUUUAAACAAAAUGGUGGAAUAAUGUUGCAGCAGCGAAUUUCUGGAGAUAGGGGUUCUCGUGAUCAAGCAAGAGUCUUCACGAUUGAUGAACUAAAGAAAGCAACCAAUAACUUUGAUGAUACCAGGAUUAUCGGUAAGGGAGGCUAUGGCACUGUUUAUAAAGGAGUUCUUUCCGAUAACAGAAUUGUUGCCAUAAAGAAGUCCAUGCUACCAGAUCAAACUGAAACCCAGAUAGAACAAUUUAUCAAUGAAGUUCUUAUCCUUUCCCAAAUUAAUCAUAGAAAUGUGGUGAAGCUGAUUGGAUGUUUCCUGGAAACAGAAGUCCCUUUAUUGGUGUACGAGUUCAUUCCGAAUGGCACACUCUCUGAUCACAUCCACAACGUCAAAGGUAAGUCGUCAGCUUUUACAUGGGACAUCCGACUCAGAAUAGCAACGGAGACAGCCGAAGCACUUUCAUACUUGCACUCCUCAGCAUCUGUUCCAAUCAUCCAUCGAGAUGUCAAGCCAAUGAAUAUACUUUUGGAUGAGAACUAUGUAGCAAAAGUGGCUGAUUUUGGAGCAUCUAAGCUAAUUCCUAUUGACCAGAUUGAAUUGGCCACUAUAGUGCAAGGAACACUAGGCUACUUAGAUCCAGAGUAUUUGCAGACAAACCAACUCACAGAUAAAAGCGAUGUUUAUAGUUUUGGGGUGGUACUAGUGGAGCUUUUAACUGGAAAAAAGGCUCUUAGCUUUGAUAGGCCAGAGGCAGAGAGGAACCUAGCUAUAUAUUUUCUAUAUUCUUUAAAAGAGGGGAGACUCCUCCAGGUUCUUGAUGAACACUUGCAGCUAAACGAUAUUCCUAGCGAGAUUAUCCAAGUCUCAAGACUGGCUGAAAGAUGCUUACGCGUUAAAGGCGACGAAAGGCCUACCAUGAAGGAAGUAGCAAUCGAGCUCCAAGGAAUAUUGGCUUCAAUGAUUCAAAAACAUCCAUGGGUGGAAAGUAGUCCAAACGAAAAUGAAGGUGAGUAUUUGUUAAAAGGACUAACAAACGACGAUGAAUAUACAAAUGGUGGCAGUAUAAGCAUUGUAAGCUCAAGCACCUUCGAUAGUAUGAGCAAGCAUACUAUAUUACCCAUUGCUAGUGGCAGAUGAAGGUAGAGACUUAUACAGGGGGACAUGUAGCCCUUUAGGGCGAGCUUUAACAAAAUUUAGUCUUUAAGUUUUAAGGUAAAAACGACAUUGAGUGUAAAGCGUUCAUUUUAUGGUGUUGCAUUUCAUCCCUUUUCUUUGCUAUUCUUGAUGCCCAUAAGGGGUUUAAUUCAUUCGUUUGCUUCCAUUGUUCUUAUA